ACGCCUAUUCAAAAUGGCCUCCACAUUUUAGCUUUAAUGUAGUGACACUUGCUGUCAGCUACUUAUUAUUAACAAAGCAUUGACAGCACAUACUGCUGCUAUUGCAAAUGGCAACAGCUGCCGGGCCUCUCCAUCCUUUUGACUGCUUCUCUACACUCAUUGACCGCCAUGGAGCUGCUGCCUUUAUUGAAAAUGAUGAAUUUAAGACACUAACCACUUUAACAAAAUUUACUAAUUCAAGACCUUUAGAUUCUAAAGUCUGGGACAAGAACACGAAACGAACUAAGUCUUCUUUGAAGUCUUUUGUGAGAUCUGGAGUGGAUCCAGAAGUACGUAGGAAGUACUGGCUGGCUAUGUUGCAGAUAGUGGACGAGGACGUCAUUUUGUACUCGAGGGCGAUUGGUCAACCCGACGAUAGUAAGACAAGGUUGUCCCCUCCUCCCCCUGUUCUAAAGGUCCCAAUUGAUCUACCAAUCUUCUCCCUCGGUCCUAAUUUUGGUACCUCUUAUAACCGUUUGUCACAUUUCUUAUCGACUGAUGUCUCCAUCGUCCCUAUACUGUCACAUUUCCUACUUCAUUUUCUUGAGGAAUGGGAGUCUUACAUUGGAGUACACAAGUUGCUUCAGAGACAAGCUUGGAUUGAUAGGAACAGAACAGAAGAGAAGGCAUCUCGCUUGACUUUAAUUAAAUUAAUUAAUACGCACCUGAAAUCUUCAUCACUCUCGAUUAUUAAACCAGUUGGUAUGGGCGAGAGCAUCUUUAUCCACGAGAUCAUCUCCCUCUGGUCGUUCUGGCCAUUUUACAAUAAAUCCUUCUGGAUGAUUGUUCGAGUUUUAGAUCUUUAUCUGUUGGAGGGUCCAAAGGUUCUAUACAGGUUUGCUCUGGCAGCCAUUAAGUCUUUUGUGUCAAGUUCUGGAUUUGAAGACUACAGAACAAAUCAGUUGUCUUUAUCUCAGUACAUCCCUCAUUACAUUUCCAGCCUUUCUCUCAAAGAAAGCUCAAAGCUAAUAUCAGAAGCUAUUUCUCUGCCUCAUUUGCCCUCCUGGGAGACCAUUUUUAAAAACUGGCUGUUCAACUGCUCCCUAGCUGAGCAGCAAUCCCCACCAUCUUCCUCCCCUUUCUCUCUAUCUCUCUCUCCUCCUCCUGCACUCGGUGAAGAAGGAGCAGCAGUCAUGGAUAAUGGUGGAAAGAAGGAAAAGAGAAAGUUUAGUCUUGGUGGGUCAUUCUCGUCUGAUAUUAUAGAUGAGACAAUGGUUGAUACACUGGUAGACUGGUUCCCAGACUGGGCCUUUGGUGAUACAUUGGAGUGUUUGUUCCAAGCAUCAAAGAAUGGAUACAAUUUAAGGACUUUAUUCCAUAAAUGUGAAGAAGAUGAGCCAUUGGUACUGAUUGUAAAAACACUCAAAGAAUCCGUUUUUGGUGCUUUCAUAGCAACUUCACUGACCGAGAGAUCUAAAAACAGUUUCUUUGGAUCAGGAGAAACCUUCCUGUUUACAUUAAAACCUCACCCAAAGGUUUUUCAAUGGACGACAGGCUCAGACCUGAUAAUGAGAGCCAAUGAUGACGAAAUCAUCAUUGGCUCAGGGGGAGGUCACUAUGGUCUGUGGAUUGAUGGUGAUUUGUACAGAGGGAGUACAGCAACUUGUGCUGCUUAUGCUAACCCGCCAUUGACUGGCUCUGGAAGUGAAGACUUCUAUUGUGCUGCCAUUGAAGUGUUUAGGAUAACAUGGUCACAGUCGUCACAAUGAAUAAAAUUUUUAUAGAUAAAUAAUCAGAUAGCUCAGAAAUCUGUUAUAAUUAUAAUCUGUUUUAAUUCUAUUGUUUAAAAAACGAAAUUCUCUGUGUAGAUCUGCCCCCA